CCUAGUGUGUGUGUGUUCACUAGUGUGUAUGUGGUGUUUCACUUCACAGUUCACUGAAACCCCACCCAUCCAGCCUACAGCAGUUAACUCCACCCAUUCAGCAUGCAGCAGGUUUUUGAUGCAUGAACCCACACAACAGUUGUAAGCAGAGCUCAGAGGAAAAUGAAACAGUAGUAUAUUUGUAAUAUGUGGGUCCUUAACACUGAAAAAAAAAUCUUAGCAAGUGUUAUCGUCUAAAUAACAAGUAUUUCUCAAUUUCAGAUGGUAGUAGAAAUAUUAUUUACUAUAUUAUUAUAUAUAAUAUAAUACAAUUUUGAAACUUAUUUCUACAUGUUUUUUGCUAUAUUGGUAUAUAAUGUUGCUGGUUUCAAGUAUAUUUUUAAAUCAAGCAAAUUGGUCUGAUAUUUAGACAAAAUCAAAGAUGAUUUCACUUGAAAGAUAUGAUUUUCAGCCCUGUGUAAGACGUCUGAAUACGUAUCUAAUUUGUCUAAGAUUCUAAAAUGUAGUCUGUUGAUCUUUAAAUAAAAAUCAAGACGUGUUGUUGAUUUGAAACGUUUGUGUUUUUCUGAGGAGCUCAGUGUUUUGCUGGUCUGCUCUCUCAGCUCUGCUCCACACUCAUUAACAUGCUGUUCACUCUCUCUGAUUGUAAGAGAAACAAAACCUCUGUUAUACGGCUCCAGUCAGCUGACCGCGCGCUUUCAGUGGUCAGUCUGGGGUGAAGAGACUCGCAGGUUUGCAGUCAGAGUGUGUUUAGGAGUGUAUGGAGAUGUUAGACUGUGAGGGAGUGUGUGACCCCAUUUGUGUGAACGUGGGUGGAGAGCUUUACACCACCACACUGGACACGCUCACGCGUUGCCGGGACUCCAUGCUGGGUGCCAUGUUCACCGGUCAGAUUCCGCUGCUCCGUGACCGGAAUGGGAACUUCUUCAUCGACCGCGAUGGGAAACCCUUCCGACACAUCCUCAAUUUCCUGCGCUGCAACAGUCUGGACCUGCCAGGGGACUUCACAGAGCUUGCCCUGCUGCGCCGCGAAGCCGACUUCUUUCAGAUCCGCCCGCUGCUGGAGGAGCUGGAGAGCAGGGAGGCGCAGCCUCGGGGUGGGGGUGGCUCAGGAGGGGCACUGCUGAGUGCAGAGGUGGACAGCCAGGAGCGAGUCCUGCACUUCAACUACAAGCGCAAACCUGAAAACUACGAGCUGCGCUCCUGCACCGUCCGCGUCCACACCGCCCACGUCUUCUGCACCUCACACGCCCUCAUUGAGCUGCUGAGCUCCAGCUUUUCCUACCGCACAGGUGCUGUUUCUAUGGCACCGGAGCCAGGCCGGAUGGACCUGCAGCUGGAGUGGGUUCCAUGUCCACCAGAGUUGCCGACGGAGCAGCACAUCCGGCACGGCUUCCGGGAGCUUAGCACCACUCAACAGUCUGAAAACAGCAUCUACACCCAGGGCAACAGCAACACCUCAACCUACGGCAGCGGUGGUGUCUCCAUCUCUGACACUCCAAGCUUCAUGGCUGAGCUGCUGAGGGUGGUGAUGGCUGAAGGGUUCCGUAUUGACCUGGUGUCUCCUGACCCAAGUGACGUGCUGAACUGCCGCAGGCUACGCUGUGUACGUUACUGAACCUGCAGAAACAUCACCAUCUAACCCACCAGCAUGCACCGAUCUGACCUGCUAGCCUGAAGCACCUUUAUCUAAGUGAAUCUUAACGGUGACCUAACAGAACCUGGACAUGACUGGACAUGACUGGACAUGACGUGUGUUGUGAUUGUGAUUUCCAGCACUUGCAGGUCUAACAUCUUUGCUUUUAUACUUCAUUAGGAUUUACACAACUAUCUAAUUAAUAAUAAUAUCUUUCAAAGUGAGCAAGUAAAGCCUUUUUUUAAUAGUCAGUAAUUAUGUACCACCUCUUACUGUUAUAACCCAGACUGUGACCUCAGACUGACCCCAGACUGACUGCGUCUGCACAGUCCAUAUUCAUGUUUCCAAAAUCCAGACAUACAGAAAAUGCCUACUGUGAUAAAGUACAGCACCACCUGGGCGAGUCUUUAUUAAAUCCUUGAGUCUUUUGAAUACUGAAUCUGUUGUAACCACCUGGACGUCUGCAUGAAUGUGAGAAUUAAGAGCGCCUUACUGAAUAAACAACAAAACCUUU